GAUACAAACAGGGGAGGGGGGGAGACCCGAACCCAGAACAGCCUGGACACCGACUGACAGCACCGACGGAGACAUGGUGUCCCCGGUAUCCGUGGUCAAGAGUGAAGGCCCUAAGCUGGUGCCGUUCUUCAAGGCCACAUGCGUGUACUUUGUCCUGUGGCUGCCGACCUCCAGCCCGUCCUGGUUCAGCGCUCUGAUCAAAUGUCUGCCCAUCUUCUGCCUGUGGGUCUUUCUGCUGGCACACGGCUUCAGCUUCCUAGGGGCGAACGCCAAUGCCCGCAAGAUCCUGGCCGGCCUCAUCUUCUCGGCUCUGGGCGACGCCUUUCUCAUCUGGCAGGAGCAGGGCUACUUUGAACACGGCCUUCUGAUGUUUGCCAUCACCCACAUCCUCUACUCCUCUGCCUUUGGGAUGAAACCUGUGAACGGGAAUGCCGGCCUGGUGAUCGGCGCUGUGUCCUCUGUGAGCUACCUGCUGCUGUACCCCUACCUGUCCGGCCCCUUCACCUACCUCGUGGCCGUCUACAUCGCUCUGAUCGGCUUCAUGGGCUGGAGGGCCAUCGCCGGCCUGCAGCUGGCCAACGACGUGUGGACCUGGACCAAGCUGUGCGCCUGCCUCGGCGCCGUGCUCUUCAUGGUCUCGGACCUCACCAUCGCCGUCAACAAGUUCUGCUUCCCCGUGCCAUAUUCGCGCGCCAUCAUCAUGGCCACGUAUUACGCCGCGCAGAUGCUGAUAUCGCUGUCGGCCGUGGAGUGCCAGGACGCGGAGGUUGCCAGGAAGAGAACGUGAGGUGCUUCGGGCCACGAGGCUGGAAAGCUGGCAGCCAAUCCCCCCUCAAGCCAAUGAGUGAUCAUGGACACAUCUCACUGCCAGAUCCCCAACCCUCAGCCCUCAUCUCAGUGUGGCGCUCCCACAUCGCUGUUACCACGGCAACUGGUCCACUACAGCCUUCACACGGCUUUCACCCUUCUACUCUUCUAGUAUAUUAGUCUCACGCCAUCUUCUAAUAGAAGAUUGGGUAGUAUUAUCUUCAGCCUCUCCCGACAUCAGGCCUAGCUGCUUCCUCAUACUCAGAUUACUCAUCUAGAAUCGCCGUCUCUCAAAACUAGUUACCAUGGAGACAAGUGUAGUUAUAUUAACCUGCUAUAUAUAGAGUAUUACUUUACUUUAAACUGUUGUGUUUUUAAAUUUAAGGGGAGCAUGUCACUGGGGACCUUCACGGUGCUUGAGAGAGCGAUUUUACGUAUGAAUGUGUGUGUGUGUGUGUUUAUUUGUUUGAUUAACACUUUUACCUCGCUUUACACAACCCUAUCACAACACACUCAUCUAUAACAUGUGGUCCAAUAAUGCAAUUUAACAUUUGACUUUUGUUUUGAUGCCUGAGUCCUUGUUAGAAAGGGAUUUUAUUUUAUUUUACCGCCACUGCCCAUGUUCGGUCUCCGUUGUGUUUCCCUGAAUUAAGGGUGCUAUUCUUAAAGUCAGGAGCAUUUCCACACCUGUUUUAUUAUCUGCUUCUAUUUCCUUAACAAAAGCCACACUGCCUUUGUUCAACCCAUUAUUUAAACGCUUCUACACCCAGAGGAAUUGUUGUUCUGUUAGGAUGUGCAGGAGAAGAAUGAGAGAGAUUAAAAAGGGCAGUAAGGCAGGGGAAGUAUUUUCUUGAAUGCAGCAUCCACUGCGUAUUGUAGCUUUGGUGCAAGUUGGACGAGGUGGAGGAACGUUGUGGAAGCUCGAUUGUCGUAGAGAGAACCCAGUAAACACCGUGGCCAUAGCCGACCACUGAACACAUUGUACGGUGCACCUGCUUCUCCUCUUAGUGUGAAGUCUUUCAGGCUUUUUACAGUAUUUUGCCCCCAGCAGUUGUGUCCACACGCCUGACACCUACAGCUCCUGCUGCUUUCCUUAUUUGCAAAGUUCGCAGGGUUCUCACCGCGGAACGAGUUCAGCCGAGCCGUGUUGUCAUUGGCCUGGAACCAUGUUGUUGAGACUGAAAUGAAAGGGCUACGUUACAGGCCGGGUACGUGUUUGUUUAUCAAACCUGCGUGUGUGUUUCCCAGCAUGCAUUCACUCACUCGGAACCACACACAAACAUGAACGUCGCCUCGGGUUCAGCCUGACAGAAAGAAAAAAGAGAUUCUUGUCAUGUGAGGGGAUAGUUAUUCCAUUAUUCCUAAUAAUUCUGUCUCACUGGGCACUUCAUCAGCUUUAAUCCGGCAAAAUCCACCUCAGGUAAUCCCCCCCGACAGCCUGGUUUAUCAUACUUUCUUCCAUCUCUCACACAUUUUCCCCUUCUCACCUUUCCUGUGUUCCAAACAUUUUCCGUUAGAAUGGAGGGUCUUAAUUAUUAUUUGAAAAUGUACCAUAACUCUUUUUUCAGACGUCUACAUACUGUUUAUGCAUGUUAUGAAUGUGUGUGUGUCUGUGUGUGUGUGCCUACUGCCUUUGUUUUAGCCAGUCAAAACCAACUCAAGGCCAAAAAUGCUGUUUAUGGAGUACACAGACUACUAUCACCAGUGUGUUCUCUUCAUUUUAUUCAAAUAUUGUUCCCUCUUGACCCUGUCCAUCUUAUGAGUAUAUACCACUAUCAGAUUAGUACCAAGUUAAUCAUAUUCCAAAUGCACUGUAGCAAUUUAAAGUAUUACUAACUAACCAAAAAAGAACAAAGUGACAGGAUUUGUCUUUUGGAGUCCAAAUGGACCUAUACACGUUAUACAUUAUGCUGUAAACGAAACCUACGUGCACGAAAAUAAGCUGAUUUGGUUAUUUGUCAUUUGGUUCCUAUUAUUUGGUUUCUUCUGAAGGGUCAACGACCUCAGGAGCUUUUGCUAACACACCCGCAUAUGUAUGCACAAAACAAAGAUGUAGUUAUGCAUCAUGUCAGCCACCAUGACCGAUCUGCAGGCAGAUCAUGGCGUUGACACACAUCAAUUUUAUUUUUCCCAAGCAACGCGGCCUUAGUUUGACAUAGAAUGAGCCAGACGUUGUGGUUUGUCUCAUCUGCUGCUUUGCCGCUCAGUUCCUCAAUCUCCUCUCGGCCUGUCAGCGCCACAUUUCUGCUUUGUCAGUCGGAGGUGUUGCAUCAGUCCGUCUGUGUGUGACCACUCGUCUUCUGUUCCCUGUUUUAAUUUGUCCUCUCAGCACUGUCGCCAAGCAAUAGUGUUAAUUAUAGCUUUAUUUGGAAAGCACUUGUCUAAACAAGGUUACAAAGUGCUUCACAAAACUCCAUGGCAAAAAAAUGUAAAUGGUUUUGUAUUUAUAUAGCGCUUUUCUAGUCUUGAUGACAACUAAUUUCGAAUAUUCAAUUAAUUGCCCAAUUUAAAGAGAAGCCCAACAGUUCCCUCUAUGAGCAGCACGUUGGCGAAUCUUGCCUGUUUCUCACCUAAUGCACUUCCAUCGGCAGAAAUGAGAUCCAUCAACAUUUAGUGCAAGCCUAUAAAAACCAGGAUGAGGAGAUUGAGUCGAGCAGUCGGACUAUGUGGGCGAUUCAUGUGAGCACUACUGUCUUUGUCCUCUGCCCCAUAAAGCCCCCCCGAGUUUUGUUCCUGUGGUCCAAUGGCCACGAGCCAGAAGAAAGGCUUAACAUCGAAGUAUUUCUGAGAUUAUUUUUACACAUUGGAAAAAUCUCCAUGACUUUGUAAAGUCCGCUUGCUGUUCCGAGGGCGAUGGAUGAGUGGUAGCUCGUGAAGCCGGAAGCAAACUCCAACACCGAGUUGAGCCAGACGAUUAUCACGCCGAGGUGGAGGAUUUGGCUUUUUAAAUCCACUCUGUUUCUCCUCCAUUGUUUUUCUAUUCUUAUUUGACUUUGGGCGCAGACGAGCGAAGCUGAGAGCCUCAGAGAAAACUGAUCUCAUUUCCCUGAGUGGAUCUGUUAGCGUUGGAGCCCUCUCGUGUAUCACACCAGCUUUUGUCCCCUCUCGUUGGUGCAGGAGGGGUUUUGUUUUCGCUCUUCCACUCAGGAAGGAGGUUAUUGUUGAGCGAUACUGUAGCUGGAAUUAGGUGAGGGGGUGAAAUAUGACACACAGGGGAAGACUCCCUUUCCAUCCGGCCCAUGAGCUGCCGUCCUGCCCCCCCACACACACACACACAGAUGGCAGGCCGGCAGUCGCAUCACUUCACCUCAGCUUGUUAACAGCCCCUGUUGUUCUGAGCUUUGUGCACAAGGAC